AUGGCUCAACCGGCAAUCGAGCAGGAUGGAUAUCCUAGCGCCUCUAUAUUAGCACCCACAAGGAAAGUAAACAUAGACGCAUAUUGUGUUCAACAUGAUGAUACAAGCGAGAGUUGGCCUACGCCGCCAACUGAUAUGCGGCAACGUGGAAGGAGUGUUCAAAAGCAGCAGGAGCAGUUGUUCUACUACUGGUCGGAGGGAGAUCUUGGCAAGGGAGAUAGAGGGAGCUCUACAACCAUGAUCUUGGCAUACAACCCGAUGGCAUCAUGCCCACAGCUUACAAAAUCUUAG